AUGACGACUCGCGGGAGCAGAUCGGAGAAGGUGAAGCGAAUAUUCCAGCAAUUCGACUUGAAUCGGGACGGCGGCCUGAACCGGGAUGAGAUGGCGGCCCUGGUGGUGGCCGUGAACCCCCGGGUCAAGUUCAGCGACGAGCAGAUCAGUGCCAUCCUCGACGAGGUCUUCCGAACCUACGGCGAGUUCAUCGACGGCGAGAAGGGCCUCACCUUUGACGGCCUCCUCCGCACCUACGAUGACGGUGCUGGUGACGUGGACCGAGAUUUCGAUGCCCUCGGCCUCGACCUCAAGCCUACGGAGGACAAAAACGGAAUUUCGCAAGCUUCGGAGGAUGCAGCUGCUUCCUCCUCCUCUGUGGUCGACGAUCGUCUCAUGGAGCCCCACAAAAAGCAACGUACGGCCGCCUGGGCUGCCAGCCCGAACCAUGGGAUUGUAUUCGACGACACCUGGAAGCUUGUGGAUGACCUAGAGAUUCUGAUCAAGAGGUUGAAAACGAAGCAGAUGAAGGAUGGGAAGAUAAAGAAUGAUAAUUCAGAUGUUUUUUCGGAUCCCGGAUGGUCUAGGGAGCUCGGCCCGUCUAGUGAGAUCAUGGAGAAGAGGGUGAUUUGGGACGAGUCCAGGCCCGACUAUGCGGCCUUUGUGAAGGAGCUGGGAGUUUUGAGGUCGCGGGCCGACAGGUCCAGGUCAAGGGCCGAGGCCUUUGACGGGCAGAUGGCGAUCGGCCGAGUCUUGUACGAGAACCAUCUUUUCAAAGAGGCGUUGGUGAGUUUCAAGAGGGCCUGCGAGCUGACCCCGUUUGAUGUGAAGCCUCAUUUUAGGACAGGGAAUUGUCUGUACGUGCUCGGAAAGCAUACCGAGGCGAAAGGCGAGUUUUUUCUCGCGCUUGAGGCAGCCGAGGCCGGCGGGAACCAGUGGGCCUAUCUGUUGCCUCAGAUUCAUGUAAAUUUAGGCAUAGCUCUUGAAGGAGAAGGUAUGGUUCUCAGUGCUUGCGAGCAUUAUCGGGAGGCUGCUAUCUUGUGUCCCACUCAUUAUAGGGCUUUGAAGCUUUUGGGCAGUGCUCUUUUCGGGGUGGGUGAGUAUAAGGCGGCUAUUAAGGCCUUGGAGGAGGCUAUUUACAUGAAAAAUGAUUAUGCAGAUGCGCAUUGUGAUCUUGCUUCAGCUUUGCAUGCCGUUGGUGAUGAUGAGAAUGCGGUUAAGGAGUUUCAGAAGGCAAUUGAUCUGAAACCGGGCCAUGUGGAUGCUCUUUAUAAUUUGGGCGGGCUUUAUAUGGAUAUGGGUAGGUAUCAGCGGGCUUCGGAGAUGUACACAAGGGUUUUGAGCGUGUGGCCGAGCCAUUGGAGGGCACAACUUAAUAAAGCUGUCUCUUUGUUAGGAGCUGGGGAAACCGAUGAAGCCAGAAAGGCCUUAAAGGAAGCUCUUAAAAUGACGAACAGAGUUGAAUUGCACGAUGCGAUAUUGCACUUGAAGCAACUGCAGAAGAAGAAAUUGAGAGGUAACAACGGUAAUAAUGAGGCAGCCUUCAUCACUAUCGAGUCCUCAAAAUUCAAGACGGUGGGUGAAAAAACCACUUUGAGGCCCGAAUUAGUCAUUGCUCUUGAUAUCAGGGCCUUUCAGAGGAUCACUAGAUUGAAUAGAUGUGAGGUUGAGCUGAUAAAGAAGGAAAUGAGUGAAGGAGACGUGCCUAUCUCAUACUCGGGAAGUGGGGUGCCUGAAAAAUCAAUACGGAAGGCUUCAUUAGAAGGAAUUCUUGCCAAGUUGCUGAAAUUCUUGAAACCCGAAACCUUUGUGGGGGCCGUUAAAGCCAUAAACCAGAAGAUUUUAUCCGUGCUGGAUGAAUCUGAGUCGGGCCGAGUCGAUUUGGGCAUGUUUUUUGCUAUUCUUGCUCCGCUAUGCGGUGGUCCGGCUGAAAAGAGAAAGCAAAUUGCGUACGAGUCACUUCUAUGGAGACCUGUGAAUGAAGGCAGUCCACACAUAAAGAAAUCUGAUGCUUUGAGAUACAUCAAGCUUUUGAGGGCCAUUUACAUCCCUUCACAUGGGAUUAGCGAGAUGUUGGAAAUUCACGGAGAAAUCGAUAAUUCGUUGGUCUCGAUGGCAGAGUUUGUUACGAUGUUUGAUGACCAAGAAUGGGGUUUUAGUAUUUUGUCUAUUUUGCUGAAACUCGAAACUGGGGACAGGACUCGACACGGCCGACACAUGUGUGCUACCUGCCGGUAUCCAAUCAUCGGGUCCCGAUUUAAGGAAAUGAAAUCUCACUUUAGUUUGUGCAGUCAAUGUUAUUGUGAAGGUAAAGUGCCUUCUUCUAGCAAGUUGGAAGAGUAUAGGUUUAAGGAGUAUGCAAAUGAGGCUGAGGCUGUGAAGGAUAAGUGCUUGUGGUUUGGUUCUAAAGGCUCAUCCCCUGGUGGUGGCUCUUAG